AUGCCUUUAGUUGUAAUAACUGGACAUCCCAGCAGCGGCAAGUCUACUCGGGCCCAAGAUCUAAAAGAGAAGCUGGAAGAAAAGAUAGCAGCUCUUGGACCAAAUGAUCCGGGUUACGGGAUCGCAGUCAUUUUGCAUUCUGAUGAAUCCCUUGGUAUAGUAAAGGAAAGGUAUCGGGAAUCAGUCAGCGAGAAGAGCGUCAGAGGAACUCAAAUAUCAGCUGUGAAAAGAGAUUUGGGAAGAAAAACCAUUGUUAUUUUGGACUCUUUAGCAUACAUUAAAGGAUUUCGUUAUCAGCUGCAUUGUGAGAGCAAAGCUUUAGGGACACCCUAUUGUCUAUUGCAUAUAAUUGCACCAACUGAAUCAUGCUACAAAUGGAACGACGAGAGAGAUUUAACAAAGGACACUAAAUGGGACAAGGAUCUUAUAGAUGCCCUCAUUAUGAGAUAUGAAGAGCCAAACCACCUUAACAGAUGGGAUUCUCCAUUAAUUCCCGUUCCCUAUGACGAGCCUUUACCAUUUGAAUCUAUUUGGGAGUCAAUUAUUCUGAAAAAGGCACCAAGACCUAAUAGUGCAACUGUCUUGAAACAAGCUACCACAGGCAACUUUUUACAACAGCUAGAUAAACACACUUCUGAUGUUAUUUCCAAGAUCCUUCAGUUUCAACAAUUGCAAAGCGUAGGUGGUGAAGUCCUCAUUGAUAGAGAGAAGGAACUUCUAAUAUCACUCCCUCCUACAACGGUGAGCGUUGCACAGUUGCAAAGGAUUCGAAGAAGUUACAUCGCACUCAACAGAAUGAGAACCAUUGAAGAAGAUCGAAUUGUUCCUCUGUUUGUAGAUUAUCUAAAUGCUCAUCUAAAUAACGAUGAGUGA